AUUGUCAUAGAUUUCCUUGAAGGUAUCCCAUAGAUGUUACUUCAGAGCGAUGGUAAAGAGGAAAACCCGACCUUUCCAUUUUAUCCAAAGCUGCAGAAAAUCCGUCUAGGGUUUUUAACACUUUAAGGACCAAGGCAGGCUUUUUUGGUUUCAUAUUUUUGUUUGGGGCGUGUCCUAAAAUAAUGAAUACUGCCUAUGCAUUUAAUUCUUUAGCUCUUGAGGACUUGUGCUGAUUUCUUCCGCCUGGUUCCAUUUAUGGUGUUCAUAAUUGUACCCUUCAUGGAAUUCUUAUUACCGGCAUUUCUGAAAUUCUUCCCAGAGAUGUUGCCAUCAACUUUUGAAAGUGAAUCCAAAAAGGAGGAAAAACAGAAAAAGAAAAUGGCUGCAAAGUUGGAACUAGCAAAAUUUCUCCAAGAAACGAUUACAGAAAUGGCCAGGAGGAACAGGGCCAAGCUGGGAGAUGCCUCCGUACAGUUCUCCUCCUAUGUCAAACAGGUCCAGACAGGCCACAAGCCCAGCACAAAGGAGAUAGUUCGCUUUUCCAAACUAUUUGAAGAUCAGCUAACCUUGGAGCACCUAGAUCGACCUCAGCUGGUUGCCCUCUGCAAGCUUCUAGAGUUGCAGUCCUUUGGAACCAACAAUUUGCUCCGCUUUCAACUUCUGAUGAAACUAAAGUCUAUAAAAGCAGAUGAUGAAGUAAUUGCCAGAGAAGGGGUGAGUGCUUUGAGCGUGUCAGAACUGCAAGCCGCCUGCAGGGCCCGGGGGAUGAGAUCCCUGGGUCUCACUGAGGAACAACUGAGACAGCAGCUCACAGAGAUUUAA